CAUGACUUAAAGUGUGAGAUGUCUAAGUGUUACAAAUCUUUUGGACUUCCAAAUAAAGUCAGUGCUUGUAUGCUCAUACUGGAACUGCUUCUACUAAUGGGACUGCAAGGAGCUUAUUAAUGGAACUAGCUGAUUCGGGAGAAUGACCAGAGUUGGGAGCAAGUCUAAGGUAUUUACUUUGUGCGUCGAUGGACUUUGAGUGACAGUUUAAGGCAGGACCUGCAGACUACAGUGGAGAUGGCGGCUCAUAGUGUGAGCUUCGACAUAGACGUCGACUUAACAGAGGCAGGAUUAGAAAGCCCUGCAGAUGAGGACUUGGUUCAUGACUCCUUCACUCGGCUUAUUGAGGAACAGAGUCAAGAUCUAAAUAACCAUGAAGAGGCAAUAGAGCUGUACCCUCUAAAGGAAGAGACUGAAGAUGAUUUUUCAUCCUUACCUGCUGAUGAGGACCAUGACAGGACAGCUGAUCCGUCAGUGGACGAACGCUGGUCUUCAGCUACCCUCAGAGUUCUGUCCUCCAUGCCCAGCCGCACCAUUGGACGCAACAGAGGAGCGAUCAUCUCUCAAUAUUAUACCCGCACCAUGCAAUUGUGCAGACACAGACAGAGCCGACCCUCCAUCCGAUCUUUCUCUCACUCUGCCCGACCCAGCAUCUGCGGCUACCGUGUUGAAAGCAAUGCUGAGAUCUUCGACUUGGAAGAGACUAAGAGGGGGCGGCUGGUGAAUAACUUGCAGAACCUGUCUGUGGGUGAUCGAGUGCGCAUGCUGAAAGCCAUUCCGUUAAACUUGGCAGAGAAGAGAGAACUCCGACGUUUGACUAUGAAUAGUUUUCUCAACCUCGACAACGCUCCCUGCUGCAAUCACCUCAAAGAUCAGAUUUUCAUUGCUCUGAGACAGAGCUGGUACAGCUGGCUGUCCUUUCUCUCCUCACUGCAGUUGUGGCAGAUGGCUCUGAAGACAGUGAGUGGACGCUUUGGGACAGGGGUCCUCUCCUACUUCGUCUUCCUCAGGAAGUUGUUCUUCUUUAACAUAUUCCUCUUCCUGGUAACUGGGCUCUUCCUGGUGGUCCCCCAAGCUGUGUGGGCUCCGUCACCCUCAACCCCGAGGUCCAACAAUUUCGGCCUCGAGGUGCUCACUGGGACGGGUUAUUUUAAGGACUCCUUGAUGUACUACGGCUACUAUAGUAACUACACUUUUCUAAAGAACUGCAGUUCUGCAGAAAAAGAGAGUUCCUGUGGCACCCAUAUAUCCUACAACAUGCCUUUUGCCUAUUUCCUCACAAUCGGAGUGGCAUUCUUUAUCACCUGCAUCAUCCUCGUGUACAGCAUGUCCAAGUCUUUUGGACAGAGUUUCCGGAUCGACCGUUCCAAAGGUCUGCUUGCAAUAAAAGUCUUCUGUUCUUGGGAUUUUAAAGUCAGUAAGAUAUCCUCUGUUAGACUGCAAUCUGAAAACAUCGCCACUCAGCUUAAAGAGUUGUUGGCAGAGGUGAACCGCAAGAAAGUGAAGUCUUCUUUCUGGACACGCAUCACAGUUCUGUCCAUCCAGUUGCUGGCCUGGAUAAUAUGCAUUGGGAUCACUGUAGUGUGUUCCAUAGGCGUGUUCUUCUUCUCAGAUUAUGUGCACCAGCAAUACACAAACACUACCAGUAUUGAAAGGAAUGAAAUUAGCAUGCUCGCUCUCCCUGUGGUGGUGUCCUCCAUUAAUUUGCUCCUGCCCGGCUUCUUCAAUGUUGUGGCCUGGAUGGAAGAAUAUGAGUCGCCGAGCACAAGCAACUACGUUGCCAUUUUCAGGAAUUUAAUGCUGAAAGUGAGCAUGCUUGUAGUCUUGUGUCAUCAUUGGCUAGGACGGGUUGCAUCUGAUCAAAAUAAAUCACAGUGCUGGGAGAGUUUUGUGGGGCAAGAACUUUAUAGAUUCCUGCUAAUGGACUUCAUCUUCACAUUGCUCGAUACCUUCUUUGGGGAAUUUCUCUGGAGAUUGUUUUCACAGAAGGUUCUGAAGAGGGAAAGAAAGCCGGUAUUUGAUAUUGCACGGAAUGUUCUGGAGCUUAUAUAUGGACAAACGUUAGCUUGGUUGGGAGUGUUGUUUACGCCCCUCCUGCCUGCAGUGCAAGUUAUCAAACUGUUCCUGCUUUUUUAUAUGAAAAAGACAAGUCUAAUGAUGAAUUGCCAGGCUCCCAGAAAGCCAUGGAGGGCGAGUCAGAUGACAACGUUCUUCAUCACCCUUCUCUGCUUCCCCUCCUUCCUAGGCGCGUCAGUCUGUGUCACCUAUACCAUGUGGACGAUAAAGCCGUCCAACAACUGUGGGCCAUUCCGGGGCCUCACGACCAUGUUUCAGGCAGGAAAAAUUUGGGUAGAGGAACUGGCCCGUCGUAAUCCUCAUCUGAAAUGGCUCGAAUGGAUUCAUACCUAUGUGGUGGAGAAUCCGUUCUUCCUGUUUCUCGCUGCUGGAAUCUUCCUCAUAAUAAUCUACUUCCAUAGCCAAGUGGUCGAUGGACAGAGGAAGAUUAUUGAGCUGCUACAGGAACAGAUUGAAAAUGAGGGAGAAGACAAGAAGUUUCUCAUCACUAGAUUACAAGACAUCCAUGAGAAGAAACGGCCGCAGUCCAAACGUCGCAGCAGGACAACCAGAGAGGAGUAAAGUUUCACAUGACUUCCCCCAAGUCCACUGCUUCUCAGUGUAAAAAAUGUGAUGUUGCAACUGGAGCCCUCUGCUGUCCUGGGGCUGUGGUACAGGCUAAUGGAAGUAACACUGCUAGUUCUCCACUGCCAUUACUGCAGCUUGGGAUCAGGGGUCACACUAAUGAUGGACUUAAGCUUUUAUCUGACUGCAAAGAUGCAUUUUUAUUGCUCCUCAAAGGAAUUUUUUAAUAUAUGUAUAUAUAAAUAUAUGUUUAUACUUUCAAGCUGUGUAAUCCUGCAGAAAAUUGCACAUUAUCUACAAAUUGUUUCUAGUACAUUUUCUAGUAAAACUACUGCAAAAAAAGAGAGCCAAGGUUGAAAAAUGUUGUCGUUGUUGCAGAAAACAAAAUGCAACAUGGAGAAAGCAUUUAAUAUUAUAACCAAGUCUGUAAAAAAAUAUUUAUGUAAUGGUGAUCUUUAUUCUAAAAGGUGAAUUUCAUAUGUAUAUAAAAAUAGAGGUUAUUACAAAAUCUCAUUAUAAAGUACAAGUUUGCUCACACGCACCUCCACACACAGGGAAAGAACCACUGAACAAAGGGCUAUUUCUGUUUUUCAUUCUUUUUUUUCUUUUUUACAGUAUUUUUUUGUAUUACUUAAUUUUAAAUAAAAUAAAAAAAUAUAAAGUCUAAAUUUAAGGUAAAUCUGUGACACACAGCUCAAGAUCAGAAGUUACCAGCGUGACCAAAAAUAUUUUGACUGCAUUUUAACUUCAAUUAGAUAUUUUAAAAAUGCUCAAACCAGCUCGCCUGGCACCAACAUCUAUGCCAUGGUGAGUCACAGAGAUCACAAUUUUCCCUUAAUUUGAUGUUUGAAGCAAAUAUUAAAGCUCAUGAAGCUCUUUACCUGUAACUGAUGAUUUUAUACAUUGUUCUGCUGCUACAAUGAUUGGCUUAUUGGAUAACUGCAAAACUUAGUAUUAAAGUGGACAGUGAGUGUAUAUUGUCAGUUUGAAAUAGUUGUUCCAUCAGCAGUUCUCUCUUGAAGUUAGUCAGACAAAAACAACACAACUUGUAUUACUGAGAGCAUCCUGAAGACUUUCCUGUGGUGGAAAACUUACUGAACCUUGUAAAGCACUGAUGCUGGAGACUCUUUCUAUUAUUGUUAAACAAGCAUCUACUUUAAAAACUUUACCGUAUCAGUUAUGUCAUGCUUUAUUAAUCUGUUUAUUAUUAGACUUGGAUUAUGUGGACCGUCCUCCAAUAUCGGCGAAUGAUAAUGUAUAUUAAUGCGCACAAUGAUAUAAACCCCAUCAUUUAAAUUAAAUCUGGAAGUAGUCAGAACUGCGGUUAUAGAAAAUUGA